ACUCAGCUUCUUUUCUCUUCUCCAAGGGUUGGCCGAUUGUUAAAAUGAGCAGACCAACCACACGCAGUAAAAAUAAAAGACACAAGCAAGGGGAUAACGUUGACAUAACUUCUGAAUUGUUAAGGAAAAUUCACAUAACAGGUGAUGUAUCUGAUGAUGAGAUUAAUGUGCUUUAUAAGAUUAUGAAACCGGUUUGUCAGGGGUGCCGUGUGAAUACUAAGGAUAAUCCGAACUGCUUUUGUGGGCUAAUCCCACCUCCGAAUGGAAACCGGAAACUUGGCUUAUGGCAGAAGACAUCGGAAAUUCUUCAAGCUCUUGGCCCGGACCCAACCAUCGACCUUCGUUCUUCUGCCGACUCUCCUGCAGGACUUACGAACCUUGGUGCAACAUGCUAUGCCAACAGCAUACUACAAUGCUUGUACAUGAAUAAAUCCUUCCGUGGAGGCAUCUUUUCUGUUGAACCGGAUCUUUUGAAACAACAGCCGGUUUUGGAUCAGCUUGCACGGCUUUUUGUGCAACUGCAUGCCAGUAAAAGGGCAUUUAUAGACUCCUCUCCAUUUGUUAAGACACUUGAAUUGGAUAAUGGAGUUCAACAAGAUAGCCAUGAGUUUUUGACAUUGCUUCUUUCUUUGCUUGAACGUUGUCUUAGCCACUCUAAAGUUUCCAAGGCAAGAACUAUUGUCCAAGAUCUCUUCCGUGGAAGUGUGUCUCACGUGACAAAGUGCUCUCAAUGUGGACAAGAUUCGGAAGCGUCUUCAAAUAUGGAAGACUUUUAUGAACUAGAACUGAAUGUAAAGGGUUUGAAAAGUUUAGCUGAGAGUCUAGAUGAUUAUCUUAGCGUGGAAGAGCUUAAUGGGGAUAAUCAAUAUUUCUGUGAGUCUUGUAAGACAAGAGUUAAUGCUACUCGCAGCAUCAAGCUGCGGUUUUUGCCACCUGUACUUAAUUUUCAGCUCAAGCGUUGUGUUUUCAUUCCGAAGACCACUACGAAGAAGAAGAUUACUACUGCAUUUUCUUUCCCUGGAGAACUAAAUAUGGGAAAGAGGUUAUCCGAGACUACUCAAGUUGAAUCAACCUAUGACUUAUCAGCAGUGCUGAUUCACAAGGGAACUGCAGUUAACAGUGGGCAUUAUAUAGCUCACGUUAAGGAUGAAAAUACAGGGCAAUGGUGGGAAUUUGAUGAUGAGCAGGUCUCAAACUUAGGCCGUCACCCUUUUGGAGAAGGCUCUUCAACUUCUACUUCAAAGCCCGUUAAAACUGAGCCUGCUGUUAUUCAUUCAAGCAUGGAACAAACUAGCACUUUAGCCAAUGGAGAUCAAAUGGACGUUGUUCAGCAAGAAUCUUGUAAACCUGCUUCUGAUAGUCAUACGGAGAUAUUCUCUUCUAGUGAUGCGUAUGUGUUGAUGUAUAAUCUCAGGUGUUCCAGGAAAGAUGGCGGCGCAAGUCCAAUGAUUUGUGAUGCUAAUUUUGAGGACAUUGAUAUGAUUUCCUUACAUGAUGGUGUUUCGCUGCCAUCUCAUCUUUAUGAAGAGUUAAAGUCUUUGAAUGCAUCUUACGUUGAUGCUUGUGAACAAUACAAAUUGAAGAAGGAAAUGGAGUUGAACCGAAUCUCAGAACGAAGACAAGAAGUACGAUCAAUUUUGUCCGAAGCCCCUGUCAGAUCACCUGAGGAACCAUUUUACUGGAUUUCUGCAGACUGGCUCCGUCAGUGGGCUGACAACAUUACUGCUCCUGUUCUUGACAAUACUUCUAUCCAAUGCUCACAUGGAAAAGUCCCAAUGUCAAAGGUCGGCUCCAUGAAGCGAUUAUCAGCUAAAGCUUGGGCUGCGUUGCGUUCCAAGUACAAUGGGGUUCCAGAAUUGUCCAAUCAUGACCACUGCAAGGAUUGUCUUAUGGAUGGGGCGCACACUCUUGUCUCUGCUGAUAGCUACAGGGAUCGUAGAACAUUAAUGAAACAAAUUGCGGAAGAUGUACUUGCAGGGAGGUGCGAAGAUGGAACAUAUUAUGUUUCCAAGGCGUGGUUGCAACAAUGGUUAAAAAGAAAAAUACUUGAUGCUCCAACCGAAGCUGAUGCUGGGCCAACAGUUUCCAUAAGGUGCCCUCAUGGCGAGCUUAUGCCCGAGGAGGCUGUGGGAGCUAAGAGAUUGCUUGUUCCUGAGAAUCUGUGGCUCUUCCUUUAUGGAGAUGCUACUACAGUAAAACCUGAUGAUCCUUUGGAUUGUUCGACUUUUCCUUUAGAUUCAAGACAAUGUUCCCAGUGUUGUGAUGAACUAUCUGAAGUAGCAUGCAUGGAAGAUUAUUUAAG